AAGGAAACUGGCUCUUCAGUCAGUGAUCAAUCCACUUCCCACUUUCCAGGUCCCCCACCCCCCUUCAAAGAGGCAAAAUCCCAACUUGCUUUUCCAUCAUCAUCACAAUCAUACAGAAAUAAAUUUUCCCAAUUUCUCAAUCAUCAUCAGGAAAAAGUUUAUGAAUUUCGCAAUAAACUCCAUCCACCCUCACUCGUUGCUUUCUAUCCCCCCCGUCACUCAUUCGUUGGCUCUGUUCUAAAUUGUGAAAUUCAACUGCUUACAAAAUGCCCACUUCCACAUCAAAUUUUGUCACCAAAUUCCCGUUUCCCAUAUCCCAGACGUGCAUUCUUCCUGACCAACUCAAAAGUUCCCCAGUUUUUGCUUAUAAAAACAGCCGCCAAAUCCCAACCCAAUCACCCGUUUCCUCUUCGUUAACUUCCAAGUCUAACCAGAUGAAUUGUUCUGCCGCUGCUGCUAUUCCAAUGAUGGAGGAACAGCCCGAUAAGUUGGAAUUGGAGGAUUCAGAUUCUGGGAUUUAUUCUAAGGAAUUGGAAGUUGCUGUUAAGGCCGUCCACAUGGCGUCUUUGCUUUGUAAAGAAGUCCAAGAAAGAUUGAUUCACAGAACCCAUGAUGGCAGUGAAGGGGUUCAUUCCAAGCAUGAUACUUCCCCUGUUACCAUUGCAGAUUGGAGUGUCCAAGCAGUAGUCAGCUGGAUUCUGUCUGAAACCUUUGGCGGUGAAAAUGUUUCGAUUGUGGCAGAAGAGGAUGUUGAGGAACUUUCGAAGAUUGGUUCAACUGACCUUUUAAACAAUGUGGUCAAAACAGUCAAUGAAUGUUUAGCCAAAGCUCCCCUUUUUGGCCUUGAGAAGCCAUCAAGGCCUCUUGACACGGACGAGGUUCUUAAUGCAAUCCAUAAAUGCAACUCAGUUGGUGGUGAGACUGGAAAGUUCUGGGUGCUAGAUCCUGUAGAUGGCACAUUGGGGUUUGUGCGUGGAGAUCAGUAUGCCAUUGCACUGUCGUUGAUAGAAGAUGGGGAACCUGUUCUUGGAGUACUUGGAUGUCCAAAUUACCCAGUGAAGAAGGAAUGGCUAAGUUACCAAAAUGGGUAUCGGAGAAUUUUAUCUAGAUUGACCUCACCAACAAUGGAAACUCUGGCUGAAGGUUGUGUUAUGUAUGCCAAGAGGGGAAGUGGCAAAGCCUGGAUGCACACAUUGUUCCAAGGGGACAAGAAGAUUAUUUGGCCAAACUUUGGAAGGCAGAUUAAGGUAUCCUCCAUCGACAACCCAGCUAUGGCUACAUUUUGUGAACCAGUUGAAAAGGCAAAUUCCAGUCACUCUUUCACAGCAGGAUUAGCUCAUAGUGUUGGAAUGAGGUGCAUAAAAUUUUCUACUUCUUUAACCACUCUUUAAACACCAUGCUAUCUUUGUUUGGAUUAGUAGCUUUAGGCUAGUUUGAACCCUACAUGACGUUGGUUUAUGCAAGACUUGCAGUAUCUGUUCUAUAGUAGAAUUUCAAAAGUUUUGAAAGAUAAUGCAUGGUGCACCAUAUGCAGGAAUCAGCCGUUGCGCCUAUAUAGCAUGGUUAAGUAUGCAGCAAUAGCUCGAGGAGAUGCUGAAAUAUUUAUGAAGUUUGCUAGGGCUGGUUACAAGGAGAAAAUAUGGGAUCAUGCAGCCGGUGUUGUAAUCAUUGAAGAAGCUGGUGGGGUAGUAACUGAUGCCGGAGGGCGUCCACUAGACUUUUCAAAAGGAAUCUAUUUGGAAGGUCUUGAUCGGGGUAUAAUUGCGUCUGCUGGUCCAAUCCUACAUGAGAAGAUCCUAGGUGCCGUUGAUACUAGCUGGAACUGUUCUAGUCUGUGAUGUACAUUCUCAGACUGUCAUCAGCAGUUCGGAAUGUACAGACAAACACUGAUUUUCUUGGAUUCUUCCAUGGCUGUGAAAAGAUCGUGACAGCACAUCCUGGAUUUUUUUCACGGCAUCUCUAUCACAAAGUGUGGAUGAAAUGAAAUGGCAAGGUUAGGUUGUGAUCAUUCUUUUAAGGAGCUGCUGUAUCGCCUGUUAAAUGUUUAUACACUGCCUUGAAUCUUGAUGAUUUGACCCUGAACCUAUACCAUUUCCACUGGAAUGCAAUGUAUAAAGAAUCUAAACAACUGUAUACAACAUAGUUACUAAGGGAUACAUUAAUCCAGUAUUGCAGUUGAGCAAGUUUCCUCUUCCUCUUCCUCUCCUAAGAGCAAGGGACUCUAGACCAGGUAUAUUGCUCUUACUCCAUUUUGAAUAAUAUAGAAACGUAAGUUGAAGGCAAUCAAGUUAGCCAUGUUUUUAAGUACCAAGUAGUGAUAACCAUUUCUCAACCAAUGAAUAAAAGUCUAGUGUGAUACUGAAUCUGUAUUUGUCACUGUUCUUUAGUUGAAUAAGAUCUACUACUACAUGUCUACCUCCAUCCCGAGAUGACCACCCAGCUUGGAUUAUCAGUUUUAGUAAUACUAAAAAUGAAAUUCCAAACUAGCCGAUCAUUUUGGGACAAAGGGAGUAUUAACUUCUGAAUUUCUUGCAGCUGCAUCAGAAUUCAGAACUGGGCUUUAAGUGUAUGAUGAUGGAAACUGGACAAAAUUAGACAAGAAAGUCCUGCAAAGAUUUACACCCAUUGACUAAAUGCAUUAUCUUGAGUAGUCGUCAAUUUCAAACAUUGAUUAGAUAAUACCUACAAAAGAGGUCUUUCAAUCAUUUGGACUUUUGAGUGCAGUGUUUCUUGUAUUCAUGUAGGAGAGAGGCUGGCGCGGCCAUAUGUUUGACAAAUGUUCUUCCCGUCUUUGUCAUCAAAGAUCAUUACAGUUUUGUGCUGUACAUUUGUCUCCCCCGCACGAAAAUUUGCUAAACCCGGGAGAUUGGUCAAUUGCUUUAGAUCUUUAUCUUUCCUUUCGCGGCUGCAAUAAAAGAACCAAGGCGGUGCUAAUACAUCCAAAUUGCAAGAUUCGCAUGUCUAGUUCAUAGCAAUAAGAAAACUAUUGCAGGGUUGAAAAGAUAGAAAUUUUUUUAUUCUCCAUUUCUACUAGGCAGCAAUCUUUCCCGGUGCUGAAUUCCUGGAGCAAAUGAAGGGGAUUUCUCCAACGCAUAAUUAACCUGAAACACUCAUAAGAUCACGAACCCAUAGAUACCAAGGACUACCGGCUUAUGAAAUCGUGACAGUAGGAAAUCUGGAAAAGGUUUUGCACAUAGGCUUUUAUGUUCAGUUAGUUAAAGAAGCAAUUGGAGAAGGAAUAGCCCUACCAAACUAAACGUACUAUACUUAUCUAUCAGGGUGCCAUCCCAUUACUAUGGGUAGGAAAAGGAACAACUUGACUAUAUCGGCUAAAUUGAAUGAAAACCGUGUUCAUAAUAUUUAAGUCUGUCUAGUAGGUACCAAGGUACAAUUUGAUGGGAUCCAUAUUCCAAAUUUCACCCUUUAAAUGCAAUUGACUUCUUCAAGUUCAUGUUUCCUCCUUUUCUCCCUUAUCAUCACAUGAAAUUAUCCAAUGUAUAUAUUUAUUUCAACCUAAAAUCAUUGUCUUAUAUAUUGUACUUCACAGUAAUUUUUUUUUUCUAUUUUUC